GCACAGCCUCGCCCAUCAUGGUCCUUUCCGCCAAUACUCCUGGACUGCACAUGCGUAGUUCUUCUCUCUGCUUGAUGGUGGAGUAGUGCCAGGUACUCGUCGCUCCGCUGGUCGUGAUACGCGUGCCCUUCGUACGGAGUGUGUUGACAAUGGCGACGGCGGAGGAGAAGCGGAUGUCAUCUGAGCCCACAGCCGCGGAGGAACCCGCGGAGCUGCCGGCCGCCGUACGUGCGAGCGUGGAGCGGAAGCGGCAGCGGGCGCUGAUGCUGCGCCAGGCUCGGCUGGCUGCGCGGCCGUACCCCGCGGCGGCGGUCACCGGAGGUGUGGCCAGUGUAAAAGCAGCUCCCAAAACGAUUGACACCAAAGGUGGCUUCAUUUUAGAAGAGGAAGAAGAGAAACACGAGAUUGGGAAUGUUGUUCAUGAGCCAGGGCCCAUCAUGGAGUUCGACUAUACCAUCUGUGAAGAGUGUGGGAAAGAGUUCAUGGACUCGUACCUUAUGAACCACUUUGACUUGCCAACAUGUGAUAUAUGCAGAGAUGCUGAUGAUAAACACAAGCUUAUAACCAAGACAGAAGCCAAGCAAGAGUACCUUCUGAAGGACUGCGAUCUGGAGAAGAGAGAGCCGGCGCUCAGGUUCAUUGUAAAGAAGAACCCUCGCCAUUCGCAGUGGGGCGAUAUGAAGCUCUACCUAAAGCUACAGGUCAUAAAGCGGGCUCUUGAAGUUUGGGGUAGCCAAGAAGCUCUGGAAGACGCAAAGGAAGUGAGGCAGGAAAACCGAGAAAAAAUGAAGCAGAAGAAGUUUGAUAAAAAAGUGAAAGAAUUGCGGCGAGCAGUAAGAAGCAGUGUAUGGAAAAGAGAAACAGCCGCUCACCAACAUGAAUAUGGACCGGAGGAAAACUUAGAAGAUGACAUGUACCGCAAGACUUGUACCCUGUGUGGCCAUGAACUGACAUAUGAAAAAAUGUGACUUUUAAAACCAAUUUAUACUCAAAUAAAGACCCUGUUCAAAAGUU